AACACAAAGUACUUCACUCUCUCCCUAAGUUAGCCAUUUUUUUUUUCUAAUGUCGAGGCUCAUAGAAACACUAAGUGUGGGGAGAGUAGUGGGAGAGGUGGUAGACAUUUUCACUCCAAGUAUUAGACUGAAUGUAAUUUACAACUCUAACAAGCAAGUUGCCAAUGGCCACGAGUUCAAGCCUUCUGUCAUUAUUUCUAAACCACGCGUAGAGAUUGGUGGAGAUGACAUGAGGACUGCUUAUACACUUAUUAUGACGGACCCAGAUGCUCCAAGUCCUAGUGAUCCAUCUUUAAGAGAACACCUCCACUGGAUGGUCACAGAUAUUCCUGGUACAACUGAUGCUUCCUUUGGGAAAGAAAUUGUGAGCUAUGAGACUCCCAAACCGGUGGUUGGCAUCCAUAGGUACGUGUUCAUCUUGUUCAAGCAGACAGGAAGACAAACAGUGACGCCUCCAACUACAAGAGACUAUUUCAACACAAGAAGAUUCUCAGCAGAGAAUGGUUUGGGACUGCCAGUGGCUGCAGUGUACUUCAAUGCACAGAGAGAAACUGCUGCAAGAAGACGAUGAUUCAAGGAAAAGGAAUAGACUGACCAUAAUCAAUGGGAGAAAAUAAAAGAUUGUUUUUUAUUUCAUUUUAUCAGUAUGGGUGUAUUAUUAGGUUAUCAGACUAUGGUGUAAAUUUGGUAGGUAUUG